AUGUUCUCUAGAGAAGUAUUUAGUGUAUUUAACGGUAAUGAAAAAUCUGAAGAUAAUACGAAUAUAUCAAAAGAAUCAUUAUUAUUGGAAGUAAAUUUUGAAAAAAAUGAAGAUAAAGCCAAGGAGACAAGAUCUAUGGAUUUUGAUGGGGAUUCUAAGUCUAAAAAAAUAAAGUUGGAAGAAGAAACAGGAAAUAAUUUGAUUGUAACGGAUAGUUUUGAAACACAAGGAACAUUUGAAAUAUUAGGACAUAAAAGACUUAUAAGUGCCAAAGAGGAUCUAGAAGAGAACGCAGAAAUAGAAAAAUUAAUAUUAAAUCAUCAAGUAAGACACCAAGUUGCUUUACCAGUAAAUUAUAGUUAUAUUCCUAUAUCUCAACAUGUGGCACCUGCAGAACCAGCAAAAAAAUAUGAAUUUAAAUUAGAUCCAUUUCAACAAGUUGCUAUUGCAUCUAUUGAAAAAAAUGAAAGUGUGCUUGUGAGUGCACAUACAAGUUCAGGAAAAACAGUAAUAGCGGAGUAUGCAAUUGCACAAAGUUUACGUGAUAAACAACGGGUGAUUUAUACAAGUCCUAUUAAAGCACUUAGUAAUCAAAAAUACCGAGAAUUAUUAACAGAAUUUGGGGAUGUUGGGCUUAUGACAGGAGAUGUAACAAUUAAUCCUACUGCUAGUUGUUUGGUGAUGACUACGGAAAUUCUUCGAUCAAUGCUAUAUAAAGGCUUUGAGGUGAUGCGUGAAAUGGCAUGGGUUAUUUUUGAUGAAAUUCAUUAUAUGCGUGAUAAGGAACGAGGUGUUGUUUGGGAAGAAACAAUUAUUCUUCUUCCAGAUAAAGUGCGCUAUGUUUUUCUUUCUGCAACUAUUCCCAAUGCUAUGCAAUUUGCAGAGUGGAUUUGUAAAACACAUGUCCAACCUUGUCAUGUUGUAUAUACGGAUUUUCGACCUACACCUUUACAACAUUAUAUAUUUCCUGUAGAUGGAGAUGGAAUUCAUCUGGUUGUUGAUGAAAAAGGAGUUUUUCGUGAAGAUAAUUUUCAAAAAGCUAUAAAUGUUCUUGCUGAAAAAUUUGGAGAAGAUCCCAAUGCUGUUCCAACUAAAAAAAUUGGAAAAAAAGGAAAACCUGGAAAGACUAGCCAUAAAGGUCCAUCUGAUAUAUAUAAAAUUAUAAAGAUGAUAAUGAUUAAAAACUAUAAUCCAGUUAUCGUUUUUAGUUUCAGUAAACGUGAUUGUGAGAAUUUAGCUUUACAAAUGAGUAAGCUUGAUAUGAAUGAUGAUACUGAGCGAGAUUUAAUUUCUUCUAUAUUCAAUAAUGCUAUUAAUUCUCUAUCAGAAGUAGAUAGACAAUUGCCACAAAUUCAAUAUAUACUUCCCUUGCUACGUCGUGGUAUUGGCAUUCAUCAUUCUGGUUUAUUGCCUAUUUUGAAAGAAGUUAUCGAAAUACUUUUUCAGGAGGGUCUUAUAAAGGUUCUUUUUGCAACUGAAACAUUUUCUAUUGGCCUAAAUAUGCCAGCAAAAACAGUUGUUUUUACUAAUGUUAGAAAGUUUGAUGGAAAGGAUUUUAGAUGGAUUUCUUCAGGAGAAUAUAUUCAGAUGUCCGGGAGAGCUGGAAGAAGAGGACUUGAUGAUCGUGGCAUCGUAAUUCUCAUGAUUGAUGAAAAAAUGGAACCUUCUGUUGCAAAAAAUAUGCUUAAAGGUGAAGCAGAUCGCUUAGAAUCUGCAUUUCAUUUAGGUUAUAAUAUGAUUUUAAAUCUUAUGAGAGUGGAAGGUAUUUCUCCUGAAUUUAUGCUUGAACGUUCUUUUUAUCAAUUUCAAAACAAUGCAGAAAUUCCAAAAAUUGAAAGCAAACUUUUAAAAUUAGAAAAAGAAAGGGAUAGCAUUAUAAUUGAAGAUAAAACUAAUAUUGCUAAUUAUUAUGAAUUAAGACAACAAUUGGAAGCAUAUUCAGAUGAGAUGCGUAACAUCAUAAAUCAUCCUGAUCACUGUCUCCAAUUUAUGCAACCCGGAAGACUUGUAAAAGUAAAAGAUAAAUUUUCGGAUUUUGGAUGGGGUGCAGUUGUAAAUUACUGUAAACGUGUUUCUCCUAAAGAUUCUUCUGAAGAAUAUCCUCCUCAUGAAUCAUAUAUUAUUGAUAUUCUUUUAUGGGUUGCUGCAGAUUCUCAGAUUACGAAAACAAAUAAUGAUUAUGCACAAGGAAUCUAUCCCCCAAAAGGGGAAGCUGGGAAAAUGGAAGUUAUACCUGUACUUCUCUCUUCUAUUAAUGGAAUUGGACAUAUCCGUAUAUUUCUUCCAAAAGAUCUCAAAGCAUUAGAUCAACGUCUUACUGUAUAUAAGUCUAUAGAAGAAGUAAAACGUAGAUUUCCCGAUGGAAUUGCUUUACUUGAUCCUAUUGAAAAUAUGAAUAUUAGAGACGAAUCUUUUAGGAACCUUUUACGUAAAAUAGAAAUUUUGGAGCAUAAAAUAUUAAUGAAUCCUCUCUUUAAUUCUCCUCAACUUCCUGAUUUAUAUGAAAAAUAUAGCAAAAAAAUGGAAAUCAAAUCUCAAAUUAAGACUAUAAAAAAAAAAAUAUCUGAAACGCAAUCUAUUAUACAAAUGGAUGAACUUAAAUGUCGAAAAAGAGUUCUCAGACGAUUAGGCUUUACAACAUCAGAAGAUAUUAUUGAAAUGAAAGGACGAGUUGCAUGUGAAAUCAGCACUGGAGAUGAAUUGAUAUUAACAGAAAUGAUUUUUAAUGGCGUUUUUAAUAAUCUUACCUCUGAACAGUCUGCUGCAUUAUUAAGCUGCUUCGUUUUUCAAGAAAAAAGUGAAGAAACUCCUAAACUUAAGGAAGAAUUGGCUGCUCCAUUACGAAAAAUGCAAGAAAUAGUUCGACGCAUUGCAAAAGUUUCUCGAGAAAGCAAAUUAAAUAUAGUUGAAGAGGAAUAUGUUAACCAAUUUAAACCUACUUUAAUGGAUGUUGUAUAUGCAUGGGCACAAGGUAAAUCUUUUUUUCAGAUUUGUAAAAUGACUGAUGUAUAUGAGGGUUCCAUCAUACGGGCAUUUAGACGCUUAGAAGAACUUUUAAGACAAAUGUGUUCUGCUUCCAGAGUUAUUGGCAAUAUUGAACUCGAAACUAAAAUGACAAAUGCAAUUAAUCUGAUAAAACGUGAUAUUGUAUUUAGUGCUUCUUUAUAUUUAUAA